ACACGCUGGCCUCACGCCUUCCCCCAUUCGAUUCCCCGCUUUGUUUUUCCUUUCCAUGUUGCUCCUCCCUCCGCCUCAUCUGCUCUGCUCAUCAUAAAACCUCCCACUGCCUCGCCUCGCCUCGCAUCCCACCGCAGCACACCACUCACCUCCUCACGCUCUCGCUCAUCACUCCCCCAACAACUAACUCCACCACCACAGUAUCAUCAGCCAUGGGCGCCACGGAGGAUUCCUCCUCCGGCUCCGAGACCACCACGUCGUCCUCGGCGGAGGCCCUGGCCGCGCCGCCGUCCCCGACGGCCACCACCGCGUCGUCCAAGAAGAAGCGGCCGCGCAACGACGGGCGGCACCCGACGUACCGCGGGGUGCGCAUGCGGAGCUGGGGCAAGUGGGUGUCGGAGAUUCGGGAGCCCCGCAAGAAGUCGCGCAUCUGGCUCGGCACCUUCGCCACCGCGGAGAUGGCGGCGCGCGCGCACGACGUGGCCGCCCUCGCCAUCAAGGGCCGCGCCGCGCACCUCAACUUCCCCGACCUCGCCCACGAGCUCCCGCGCCCGGCCACCGCCGCGCCCAAGGACGUCCAGGCGGCCGCCGCACUUGCCGCCUCCGCCGACUUCCCGGCCUCUGCCACUGCAGCUGCCAAUGCCGGCGCCAAGAACCCCGACGGCCCGGAACCCAGCGCCGCCUCCGCCUCAGCCUCUGCCUCUGCCUCGGCGCCGCCGGACACCGCUGAGGAUGCGCUGUUCGACCUCCCCGACCUCCUCUUCGACCUCAGACACGGCCCUCCGUCCUGCCAGCUCUCAUGCGCCUCCUCGUGGGACGACGACGUGGCCUUCGCCGGCCCCGGCGCCGGCGUGUUCCGCCUGGAGGAGCCGCUGCAGUGGGAGUACUAAAGCCAUCAAGCCGCGCCGCCGCUGCAUGCAUGUAUGGCUCGUAGGUGCUCCCUCGUUGCCACAUCGGGCCGGAAAUCAUUUCGGAACCAUUGGAGAACCAAAAGAAGGAAGCAAAACCACUGGAGUACUACUAAAUUUAGGAGUGAGGCCAUGUACAAAUUGGGGUUAGCCUCGUGUUCUUUAUCGUAUUUGCUUUGCGUGGAUUGUGGGGCAAGAAUAUGUUUUUGUGUGUGCAAUUAACACCGCAUCUCCUUUU